AGACAAAAGCUAGAUUCAAAAUGUUGAUGUAAAAUGGUGAGUUAACUCGGAGCGCGUUGGGCGAGAAAGCUGAGUUUUGAUGUUGACUUAUUUGGGUACCGUUACACGUUACGGUCUUUUUCUUACACAAACAAAUCAAACGUAAGACGACGACACCACCACCUACCUACACUUUCAAAUUUCAAAUUUCUCUCUGUUUCUCUCUCUCUCUCUGUGUUUCUUUUUACAUACCCCCCAAUUUCACAACACAACCCUAAAAAUCUUUCUAUCUAUUUCAUCAUCCACUCUGCAAAAAUCGAUUCUUUUCUCCAAUGGGUGCUUCUGGAAAAUGGUUUAAAUCACUUCUUUCCAAUAAGAAAUCCGAUCAAGAGAAAAAGUGUAGUAGUACUAAGAAGAAAUGGAAGAUAUGGAAAACUUCUUCUUCUUCUUCUUCUUCUUCAACCAUCAACAAGACUGUGUCUGAUUCUUCCAUUACAGAUACUGCUGCUGCAGUUGCUGUCGUUGUUCGAGCUGCACCUAAAGAUUUCAUCCUUAUCAGGCAGGAAUGGGCUGCUAUCCGCAUUCAGGCUCUUUUUCGAGCCUUCUUGGCUAGACGAGCUUUGAGAGCAUUGCGAGCAGUGGUGAGGCUGCAAGCAAUAUUUAGAGGCAGGCAAGUCAGAAAACAAGCAGCUGUUACUCUAAGGUGCAUGCAAGCUCUGGUUAGGGUUCAGGCACGUGUAAGAGCUAGGAAUGUGAGGAAAUCUCCAGAAGGCAAAGCAGUGCAGCAGCUAUUAGAUGACCAUCGCAACCAUGCUGAUUCUGCUAAGCUUGUAGAGCAAGGAUGGUGUGAAAUUCCUGGAACUGCAGAUGAAGUUAAAGCAAAGCUAAGAAUGAGGCAAGAAGGUGCCAUCAAGAGGGAUAGAGCAAUGGCAUACUCUCUAUCCACACAGUCAAGAAUAAGUGCUAGUCCAAACUCAAAAUCCACAAAAUCAGUGUCUCUUUUCAAGCAUCAUCACAACCUUGACAACAAGAGCUUAGGAAAUAAUUUGUUAGAGCGCUGGAUGGCAAACAAACCAUGUCCAUGGGAGAGUCCAAUCUCAAGCAGGAAGAGUGAAGAACUUGUUCCUACUUUUCAAUCAAGAAGGAAUGGUGUGACAACUAGGAUUUCAGCUCUUAAAAUCUGUCAGCAAACUCCAUCAUCUUCGACUUUAAGCUCCGAAUACAUGAAUGAUGAUAGCAUUUUAUCAACUUCAUGUACAUCUGGAUCUCCAUCUAUGCCAGAAGCAACAGAGGAAAAAGAUGCUCACCUGCCUAGCUACAUGAAUUUGACAGAAUCAACUAAGGCUAAGCUCAAAACUUACAGGUCUUCUUCGCAGAGUUCGAAGAGACUCGUAAUGGAUGAUUGUAUGUCUCAUAACACAAGUACAACUUUUCUGAAUGGAGAUAAUAGUAUAAAUAGUUCUGGUUCUGAACCUUCAGUUAAUUUAUGGAAGGAUCAUUGUGCAACACCUCUAAGGGCAAGUUAUUAUCAAAAACGAUAUGGCAGGAGAUAGAGAAUUACUCUAACAGUUGCAGCAUGAUGCUGUCUACUUUCAUUGAGUUCAACAGCUUGUUGUCCAUUGUCAUCUUGACACAGUGAAAUGAACUGAUUUGGUUUUGAUGUAGUCACAAAUUCUACGCUUUCACUCAAUCAAUACAGCGGUGCCAUUUAUGAGAAAGUGGCUAACUUUUAGUGUAGAUAAAAAAUUUAUGUGAGGAAUGAAAUAGCAAACUAUUGCGCUACAUUAAUUUAUAUUGUGUGUUUUACUUUUAAAUAUACAUAAUAGUUGUUUUUUUGUUGUUCUUUAUCCUGUAAUCCCCACAGACAUAGCUUUGGAUUAAUCUUGACAUUACGUUUGAACCAUGUUUAAAUUUUGAGUAA